GUCCUCGAGCGCUUCCGUUGUCUGUGCUGGAUGCAUGGUACAGGGCUAAUGUAGCCCUGGCUCAUAAACUGAAAGGAACCUACUUGUAACAGAGUGGCAUAAAUUUGGGGAAUAAUAACCGAGAAGGUGUGUCGUUUUUAUCUCUCCACUUCGGCAAAAAUAUUUAACAGAGUGACCACAAAAACCAGCUGAUAACACAUUAGUGGUUGAUGAAUAUCAGCAUAGCAAAGCACCCCCAAACGGUGCUACAGCUAGCAGUGGCUAACGUCAUCCCCGCUAUCAGUAAAUGUUUAUAGCCGUCUGACACACCAGUAGUUUUGUGUGACUGUUCGCUACAUUGCGGGUUUUUGCCGUAAAUGGGUGACUCGGACAGAGUAGCCGAGAGUCGGUGCAUUUUGUGCGGAACAGGCGCUUGCUUGUUUGUGCGGCUAACGUUGUGCUCGGCGGCUAACAAUAGCUACAUACCGUUGCAAGCUAAUUAACCGUUAACAAAACCUCCUUGUAGCCUUCCGUUGUGAACACUUUCUUAUCAAAGCACGUGCUGACUUUACGUUAUAUUGGAAUACAACCUUCUUCACCCUUAUCUGAAACCACCUCCCCCGUUUUUCUUUUUUUUUUCUUUUUUUUUUUAUCCAUUCCCCUUCAGGCUUGGGAGUCAAGCGUUAAAAACAGACCACUCUGAAUGGGAUGCCCGCGCAACUGUAGAAGAAAUUAUCUAUCUGAGGGAAGACUCAUUGGAUUCUCUGUAGCCCUUCCUUGGUGCACAGAUGAGUGAAGAAGCAUCAGGAGAGAGUAAGAUCCCUGCCAGUGAGGCAGUGGAGGAGGAGGAGGACCAGGGGGAAGACACCGUAGAGAGUCCCAAAACAGACAAUCCCUCUGAGGAACCACCAGCACCCUCAGAUGACCCCAAAGAGGCAGCUGAGAAAAGCUUGGACCCUGCUGAAAACACCCCAGCAGAGGCCAAAGAGGAGGAGGAGGAGGAGGAGGAAGGAAAGCCUACUGGCGAGCCUCCAAUGGACUGGUUCGAGCCGCUUGAGGAUGACGAUGAUGAUCCAGAUGAAGAAAGCCUGCCAGGAGAGACGGAGAGCGUUGCAGGCAGCGAGAGAGCCACAAGACACCUCUAUCAGAUUUACGGGUAUCGACGUAAGCGCGCUCAUCCUGAAGAGGGAUGGGUCGAGUGGCCGGUGCUCGGACAAGGUUGGAAGCGCAAAGAGGUUGUUCGACGCUCAGGCUCCAGCAUCGGCCAGAAGGACGUGUAUUAUCUAAGUCCACGGGGUGACCGAGUGAGGAGCAGAGUAGAACUAAUUACAGUGCUCCAGGGAACCGACUUGACCCAGUUUGAAUACAAGAGCGGCAAGUUCGUGGAAGGGGAAAUCCCACCAGUGAGAGGUCGACCCAGAACGAAGAAACGCUAUCGGGAUCGGUCCUCCUCCGAGUCCAGCUGGAUGGACAGAGGAGAUGGGGCCGAGACUCCGGACUCCCACCACCGGCUGACUCCGAACAUCACGCCCAGGAACGUCCACAGCAACCAGACGAGCGUCUCGCUGAACAGCUCGACGGGGGAGUCGAAGCAGAGCCCCAACUCCGAGGAGAAACAGUCGGAGGAAAAAAUCCGGCUCCCUUUCCCCUCGUCGUCUCGUCCGCUCUCGUUGCCUUCGAUCAAGGGAGAAUUCGGAUCGGAAGAGAGCACCCUGAUCUGUGCAAAGUGUGGUAUUUCGUUUACAGGUACAUGGUAUGACAAACAAAGAAAGCGGCCUUGCUGUCCCUCCUGCUGGGCAACGUCAAAGUCGAUAGAGCACCCGCUGAUCCGCUUCAGGAAGUGGAUUCCUUGUGGACAGUGCGUGGGAUGUCACAACGCCAUCGACUGCGGUCAGUGUGCAAACUGCAAGCACGGACUGCAAAGCCCCGAAGCGAGAAAACGCCUCUGUCGAAAACGCAGGUGCAUAUGUCCGAUACGCAAGCAAAGCCCAGGAAGCAUAAAUGUAACUUACAAGAGAUCUUUUGUUGACCCUGUUGAUACGUAUGAAGAUAGUAAUGAUGUCACAGAGUCACAGCAUCCAAGUCUCAAAAGCAGCGACACGGAGAACUUCUCGGCGAACGUGGACCUCGACGACGACGACAUGUCGACAGACGACGACGAUGACUGGCAUAAAAAGCGGAAGCGACGUUCCUGUGGCGAGUGUAAGGCCUGCCUGUGUAGGAAAGACUGCGGCGUGUGCGAUUUCUGCAUAGACAAACCCAAAUUUGGAGGCAGCAACAAGAAAAGGCAGAAGUGUCGUCUACGGCAGUGUCAAAGGCAAGCAAUGAGACAUUUGCUGCCCUUCCAGAUGGCUGGAGCUGAGUUGGGGCUAGACGCCCCUUUGCUGCCCGGCAGGCCCAGGCCUCACUACACAUACAGCCGCAAGUCCAGCUUAAAGAGAAGCCAAGAUCAGCAGGCUGACAUGGACUACACCGACGACGAUGACGACGACGACGAGGACAGCAAUCCACAACCGCUGAAUCAUUCCGAUUUUGGGGUGCGGAACGGCGUGCCGGAUCGAUUCCCUCACAUCAGCAAUCAUAACUACUCCCAACCAGACCAUCACAGUCAGUGGGAUACAGAGAAAUCGCACACAGGCAGAAAUGCCCCAAAGCACAUGGAAGAUGACGAGGACGAGUUUCCCAUGAUUACACAGAUCUUCAGUCUGGCUGAGAAUCCGGCGGAGAGCGGCAUGGACCUGGAAAACCAGCUGAUGAAGCUGCUCCACUCGCUCCGCUCCUCCGUGCUGCCCAUCCUCUGGUACGCCAUCAUGGUGGAGGGCCCGCAGCUGCAGCUCAUCCAGUGCUCCAAGCAGUCCAACAUGGCCGACACCAUGGUGCUGAUCGACCCGGGCUUCUGCUACCAGGUCACCGUCCAGAAGCAGCCGCUGCUGCCCAUCCACCCGCUCUACGACAUCCACCCGUCGCGGCUCGGCACGGCCACCGACGUGGUCAGCUUGCUGCUGUCUCUGGAGCGGUUUGUCGUGUGCCAGGGACUAACCACGAAGCAGUCGUCGUUCGACAAAGGGCCGAUCGUUCUGGAGCGGGCGGCCACGUGCGACUUCCUGAUCAAGAAGAACGAGCGGACCUGCGCGAGCUGCAAAGCACUACAAGAACUUCAAAUCCAUCACAGAGAGUGAAAAACAGUUGGAUGGAAGCAGUGACUUCUUUUUAUAUAUAUAUAUAUAUAUAUAUAUAUUUUGUGCCAUUUUCUUGUUUUUGUUGUGUUUUUUUUCACUAUAUUGUACAGUUGAGAGACAAUUUGACAGACUUACCUCUGGACUGUGAUAGUAUGUUUUACCUUUUUGAAAAUCACCAAAGGAAUUCCAGGAGCUGUAUGAGUAUAUAUAUAUAUAUAUAUAUAUAUAUAUAUAUAUAUAUAUAUACAUAUAUGUAUAUAUAUAUAUACAUAUAUGUAUUUUUUUCACAUUUUUAUCACACUGGUGUUUGCUUUUUAUGAUUUAUUUUUCUAAACGACUGUCUGUGUGGCUGUGUGUUUUGGCAGUGUGUGGGAUUAUGUAUUUUAAUUUCCCAUCAUGCAUUUGUCUCUUACUUGAAAAAAAUAGCCCGUCUACUACUACUACAUAUUUGAAUAGUCAGUCCUCAGACAAUUGAUACUUUAGGCAGUUUUUCUCGCUGGCAACUUUGGUCUCCGUGCUUGUUUCCGUGCUAUACCAGUAUUUAAAAAUAAUGGAGUCAAACAGCAGUUGCAUUCUGAUUGGAAAAACAUUUAAUUUGUAAAUUGGACAGAGUUUGUAACUCCGGGUUGCCAGUCUACCGUCACGUUACUAUCUCGCUCUAAUUUCUGUUUCAUACCCUCUUACUUUACCGUUGAUUGAUUGCAUUUUAGAAUAAUAUCUUCUUUAUUUUGGAGGCAAGUAAACAUGAAAUCAUAAUCGCCUCACGCAGAUAUUAUUUACAGCAUAACAUUGUUAUUGUGGAUCACAUAAAUUUACUUUGUAUCCUUUGCUGUCGCGAAGGGUACAAAUGGAGACAUUCUCGGUACGAAACGACCAGCACGCUUCUUUUGUCAUGUAGCAGUUUUUCUUUUUCUUCUUCUUUCCAAUCCUUUUAUUUUCAAGAAACCGUUUGAUUGUUGUUGGGUUUGUCUUUUGAAAUGUCUCCAGCACACUUUCCCUUGACGUAUGUAGUGAAUCGGAGAAAGCCUGCGCGAGUUCGGCCGUCCGGAGAAAGAAACUUGCAAGUUCGUCAAAUAAGAAUGUGUUUUUAAAAAAACCGGUAGCAGUUUGGCAGUGAGUGAGUUGCUCCUGAAAGAAACAAAACACUACCUCUCCAUUUUAUCAUCUCGUCCGGUCACUUCCUGACCCGGAAACAGAGUGGGAUUUUUUUUAAUUUUUUUUCCCUAAGAUGUUUGCAGUUGUCACAUUAAAGCUGAAAGAUGUGCAGCUUAAAUGGAAAAACCCAUGAAAGAUUAUAAUUUGGAGGGGCUCUGCCAGAUGUUUUUUGCACAAAGGGUAGCAUAACGUCAGAAGUUGAGGACAUUUGUAUGUAAUUGUUCUGAGGGCCUGUUUACUUCCCGUGUGUGUGUGUGUGUGUACUCCAGAGAGAUGUCCUUAAAUGAAGGUGCUGAUGGAGUCCAGUCAUCAGGCAGAUGAUGCCGUUCAAAAACCUUGAUGAAGCUGAAUUUUUUAGACUCUUUCCCUAAUUUGCAACCAUGGCUAGUAGAAAUAUUUAUAAUUAUUUAAUAGAAUUUAAAACAAUCGGAUCUAUUUUUUUUUUCCAGUUAGUUUUUUUCCGUUGCCCCUGCCGUCUGCUUUGGGAUGUUUGUGGAAUAACUCAGUGACUUUUUUGACAAUGUGAAACUUUAUGCAUUUUCAACAUAUACAUGUAUUUUGGAUAUCAUGUUUUCUUCAAUUACUUUGUGUAUAUUUGAUGCUUUAAAAUUCUAUUGUAAUUUAGUCAUCGGAAGAAAUCAUAUUUGAAGAGUUGGAUCAAAGACUUUUUUAAACCAGUACCCAAACUUUAGUUGUUGGUUUUUCUAUGGAUCAUGUGUUCUGAUCAUGAGAGCGAGGAACUUAUUGUGCUCGAUUUGGACAAAUUAUUGUACUUGGAGACAGAAAAUGUUUUUCUGUUAUUAAUAAAAGAAUGAAAUUGCGA